AAAGAGACUCUCGGUCCCUCUUUUUUUCUGAUUGCUCCUCUUUUCUCCCCCUUCCCCAUCGAAAUUCUGCUUAAUUUCAUUUUGGCUGCAUGCUCCGCAGACGCAGCCCUGGCUAAGCAGUCGGAGCCGCGUGUGUGCUGGGAGUCUGUUUGAGGGUGGCUUUUCCCCCCUCUCCCUCUCCUUCCUCCUCUUUUCCUUCUUCUCCCCCUUCUUCUUGUUCUCUUGCAGGGUACAAUGUUAAAAAGCCACCGCUAGUCGCCCCCAGUGCUCCUACUCUCUAGGUCUUUUUUGUCUCUAGUGCAGAUUAAACGUCACGUCCGCACUUGAACUUGAAUUUUAUCCCAUUGUACGGAGGCAGACCCAGCCAUAGAGAGACAGAGCGCUCCCAGGGAACCAGGACUCCGCCAUCUUCACAUUGCAAUAUAUCUCCUUAGUAAUAGCCAGCACUAACCCAGAAGCACUGGGGGGCUUCCUUCCUAGCAAGACCCUGUGCCAAGCGAGGGGAGGAGGGGGUGUGUGAAGCCAGUGGCAAAGUGGUGCGAGCAAAGCAAAGCAAAAAAAUUAAUAUUAUACAACAACAAAAAACCAGCCCAGUGGCACUUGAACUGGCAAAGCGGAGACACAGUUUGGGCUACCCCCUUUUUCUUUUUUUGAAAAAAAGAGAGACAAGAAAGCGAGAGAGAAAGAAUUCUAAUUAACCCAGCAAGGGUAAUUUUUUUCCUGCAUUUUUCUCUGCGUGUGGGGAAAUUCCAAUUUUUCUACUUUUGUGCGAGCGUGUGUGUAUGUAAUCCAUUUUUCUUCUUCUUUCCUUUUUAAAAAAGAUUCCUCCUGGUGGAAGAAGUGCACUUUGCUUCUCUCCUCCCCCCCCUUCUGCUCUCUUGUUUUUCUUUUUCUCCCCCCCCCCGCCUCCAAAGCACUCUGGAAUUUUUUUUUAAAAAAGUGUCAGCGCUUGGUGAGGGGGGGUGGGAAACCAUCCUUCUCGCCUGAAGUUCAAGAAAAGACCUGGAAGCGGUGAAAAGGAAAAAAAAACCAACCAAACAGUUGUCUUGCGAAAACAAAAACCAAGGCUUCCCCACUUUCUCCUCUUCCGAUGAUGAUUUUUUAAUUGAAGGAAGAAUCUCAUCUUGAGUGCUCCAGGGGGGGGGGGGUUGGAACUGUUCCCCCCUCUUCUUCUUCUUUUUUUUUAAAGAAGAAAAGUACCAAGAAGAAAAUAGAAGACCGGGAGGAAGAAGAAGAUCGCUCCCCACAACUACCACCACCUCCAACCCGACCCCCCCUCCCUACCCAAGUCCAGCUCUCCGGGCGAUGACCGUGUAAAUGCCAGGGCAAUGUCCCGUCGCAAGCAGGGGAAUCCGCAGCACUUAUCACAAAGGGAAAUUAUCACGCCAGAGGCUGACCAUGUGGAAACCGCCAUUGCCCACGAGGAUGAGACCCUAGCGAUAGGAGAUCCAGUUGGGCUCGGCCUUGCGACGGGUGGAGCAGACCCCGACCUAUUAACCUGUGGACAGUGUCAGAUGAACUUCCCCCUGGGAGACAUCUUGGUUUUUAUAGAGCACAAGAGGAAGCAGUGCAAUGGCAUUGGUGGUUCCUGCUACGAGAAGAACCUGGAUAAGAGCAGCCCUCCCCCACCAUCACGCUCCGAGCUCAGGAAAGUGUCCGAGCCGGUGGAGAUCGGGAUCCAAGUCACGCCCGACGAAGAAGACCGUCUUCUCACGCCUAAAGGAAUUUGCCCCAAGCUGGAGAACGUUGCAGGGCCGUCUUGGCCUGCAAAGCUGCCGGCGGCCUCCAUAACGGCCUCCUCCCACCCUCACACAUCGGUGAUCGCAACACCACCUCUCCACCGUGCCCUGACCUCAUUCCCGCCCUGCCUGAGCCUGCCCUGCUGCGGGGAGCGCGCAGUCUCAGUUGGCGGGUCUCAGACUGAGACUGGCACAUUUGGAUGUCAUUGUCAGUUGUCAGGUAAAGAUGAGCCUUCAAGCUAUAUUUGCACAACAUGCAAGCACCCUUUUAACAGCGCUUGGUUCUUGCUUCAGCAUGCCCAGAACACACAUGGAUUCCGCAUCUACCUGGAAACAAGCCCUUCAAACAGCUCCCUUACUCCACGCAUCACCAUCCCUCCUCCUCUGGGACCCGAGACUGUUGCACAGUCCCCGCUGAUGAAUUUCCUUGGUGACAACAACCCUUUUAGUCUCUUGCGAAUGACAGGUCCCAUCCUGCGCGAUCACCCUGGCUUUGGCGAAGGCCGGCUCCCCAACACACCUCCCCUCUUCAGCCCGCCGCCUCGCCAUCACCUGGAUCCGCAUCGCCUUAGUGCCGAAGAAAUGGGGUUAGUUGCCCAGCAUCCCAGUGCCUUUGACAGAGUCAUGCGUUUAAACCCCAUGGCAAUUGAGUCGCCAGCGAUGGAUUUCUCCAGAAGGCUUCGAGAACUGGCAGGGAACAACUCCACCCCUCCACCAGUUUCUCCCAACCGCAACAACCCUAUGCAUCGCUUGUUGAAUCCUUUCCAGCCAAGCCCUAAAUCUCCUUUUUUGAGCACCCCGCCAUUGCCGCCGAUGCCCCCAAGCAGCACUACGCCUCCCCAGCCUCAGGCUAAGAGCAAGUCCUGUGAAUUUUGCGGGAAAACGUUCAAGUUUCAGAGCAAUCUCAUCGUCCACCGGCGCAGCCACACAGGAGAGAAGCCCUACAAAUGCCAGCUCUGCGACCAUGCCUGUUCUCAAGCUAGCAAGCUAAAACGCCAUAUGAAAACGCAUAUGCACAAAGCUGGGUCCAUGACAGGGAGGUCGGAUGACGGACUGUCUGCCACAAGCUCCCCUGAGCCCGGCACAAGUGAGCUCACUGGGGAGGGACUAAAGUCUAGUGAGGCAGACUUCAGGAAUGAGAGCGAUCCUUCUCUAGGCCACGACAAUGAAGAAGAGGAAGAAGAGGAGGAGGAAGAAGAAGAGCUGGAAAACGAAAGUAGGCCCGAGUCCAGCUUCAGCAUGGACUCGGAGCUGAGCCGUAACCGAGAGAACGGUUCCAAAUCACUGCCAGAUGAAAAAUCCCUCGUCCUAGGGAAAGUGAUAGAGAAUGUUAGCCUCGGUACCAUCCAGCAAUAUAGCGACAUGUUGGCUGAGAAGCAGAAAAGGAGCGGCUUCAUGAAGAGGUCCUCUGACCAGCGAGACCUCUGCCCCCGAGACCUUUGCCAGAGAGACACCGGCGACGAAGACUCGGUAGCUGGAGAACUUGACCGUACUGAGGAGGGGACAGUCAACGGGAGGAACUUUGGUCCUGGAGAACCUUUCCCCGGCCUGUUCCCUCGCAAGCCCACCCCCAUCACAAGCCCCAGUUUAAACAACUCCUCGAAAAGGAUAAAGAUAGAGAAAGAUUUGGACUUGCCACCAGCAACAAUAAUACCUUCUGAAAAUGUUUACUCGCAGUGGCUGGUGGGGUAUGCAGCAUCGAGGCACUUCAUGAAAGAUCCAUUUCUUGGGUUCACAGACUCCCGACAAUCCCCCUUCGCCACCUCUUCUGAGCAUUCCUCCGAGAACGGAAGCCUGCGUUUCUCCACCCCUCCAGGGGAUAUGCUGGACGGCGGUCUCUCAGGGCGCAGCGGGACGGCGAGCGGAGGCAGCACGCCCCACAUCAGCGGACCUGGCCCCGGCCGACCCAGUUCCAAGGAAGGACGGCGGAGCGACACGUGCGAGUACUGUGGCAAGGUCUUUAAGAACUGCAGUAACUUAACGGUGCAUCGGCGGAGCCACACGGGAGAGCGGCCUUACAAAUGUGAGCUCUGCAACUAUGCAUGCGCCCAGAGCAGUAAGCUGACGCGUCAUAUGAAAACACAUGGCCAGAUAGGGAAGGAGGUCUACCGCUGCGACAUUUGUCAGAUGCCCUUCAGUGUUUACAGCACCCUGGAGAAACACAUGAAAAAGUGGCAUGGCGAACACUUGCUGACAAAUGAUGUCAAAAUUGAGCAGGCAGAAAGAAGCUAAGGCCCCCGCUGGGUUAAAAACAAAAUAAAAAUCAGGGGUCUAGGUAACAUUUAAAUUGUACAGUUUUAACUAUUGCCAACUGAGAAAAGCUGACCUAACUUGCCUCCAUAUACAUAAUUUAGCAUAACUAUGGCAGGUGCCAGAAUUUGGCACUUAAAUAUAACCUGUGUCUACAAAGUUCUAUUAAACCUGAGGAUUGGUUAAGGCAGUAAAAAUUGUGAAGCCUUUUAACUGUGCAAUAAUUUCUGUAUUUAUUGGGUUAUUUUGUAUUUUUUAAAUUUUUUUUUGGCAUGUGCAGGUAUUUUUUUUAAUACUUUCCCCUCCUGUUUUAGAUUUCCUUUAAAAUUUUGUUGAGUAUCCCAUUCUAAUUUUCCCCACUAGUAACCUGAGAUUAUUUGCAUUACAGGGGGAGAUACAUAUCAAUUUAAAUUAUAAUUUUAUAGGGCCGCUGCUUUGUUGAAUCUUAUGCUAAGCAUGUGUAAUUUCUUGUGAAGAAGCCAGCAUUUUAAAUAAUUUCUCUCUCUCUCUCUCUUAUUAUUAUUAUUUCUAGCCCACCCCCUUUUCUUUGAGAAAGAAAGAAAAAGGAAAUCAUUUGAAAAUUAGGAAAUAUAAAAUAGUACCGCGGAUAACAAUCUUAAAAAUUGUAGCACUUUCUUUUGGAUUUGGAUCUAAUAUGUAGCACUAGUGAUGCCACUAAAAAUAGAGGCCUUUACAUUUUUUUGUAAAAAAAAAUUAAAAUCCCAGACUUCCACAGUAGAAGUUAUGAAAGCUAAAAAGAAACACGCAAAUUUGUGCCCCCCCCCCCCACAAAGGCAGCUAUAUUUAUAAGAGCAAUAGCAAGAGUUGUGCAUUAUUAGUAUGGAAUUUGUUCUGUUUACUAAUGACUUACUUUCACCUUUCUGCCAUCUUCUUUAACUUCAUUACAUAAAGGGAAUGCAGGAGCCUUGACAGCUAGCAGCAUGUGCAAAUUUUAGAAAGCAUGGAGAGAAAAAGGAACCUUGUUUGCCAUCCCCCCCGCCCUCCCUGCCCCAUGUCAUUUGCUAUUCUGGCCUUAAACGUUACGCACACAAUAAUUGAAGUUAUCACUUGAUGACCUGAAAAACAUGAUAGUGGCUGCAGCGGACCAUUCUGUAGCAAAUACACCAGUGCCCCUUUUGGGGGAACCGAGUUUGCAACCCUAAACCCCUGUUAGCUGGGAGUAAGCCCCACUGAAUUCAGCAGGACCUACUUCCGUGUAGACACAGGAUUGCACUCACUGCAAGUGUGGUUUUGUACCGAACCUCAGUUUGUGUAGUAAGUGCACAUGUGUGGGCAUGUGUGUGCGAACACAGGGACAUGUGCGCACACACGCUAUGGCUAAAGUAAUUGUUUUGAUUAGGACUGGUGAAUCAAUUUACCCGAUACUGUGCAUAUAUUAAAGGGGGAGGGGUUAAUCUAACCAAUUCAUUGAUUGAAGGUUGACAUAUUGCCAUACGAUCAGUUUUCUCAGGGUGUAUUAUCUAUCACAUCAGGCAAUUAUCCGUCACAUUAGGCAAUUAUACAACAAUGGGAGAUGUUAAUCCUUGUUGACACACAUUAAACAGGGCACAUAAACUUGCAUAAGAACUUUCGCUGUGUGAACUUGAAAGAGCCCCGUUUCCCCCCAACAGCCUUUUGUAAGGAAGAGUAACAACAUCUUAACCCUUGCGUCCUUCCUUGUCUCACUCUGUUGGAUGUUGACUGCUUAGCUAGUGAUCAAAAUAACAAAACUUUUAUCAAGCUGACCCCUAUGGAGAGUUCCGGCCAUAUUUUGUCUGUUGUAGCAAAACAACUGAGAUUCUUGUGCCACCAUAAAUGUAAGAUAAUAUGUUUGGCUUCAAAGUUUUUACAUCAACAGGAUGUAUAGAAACCCAGUUUAAAAUAAUGAUGUCGGAUCCAAAUUGCCACCACAAGGUGGGACCAGCCACACAUAAGCUCAUCCCAAGCAACCCAUAAAAUCCACACCCCAGUGCCCCAUUAAGCAGUAAGUAAAUGGAAGUUAUUAUUGAAGAGCAGAUAUCUCCAGGUGACUCAGCUAAGUGAGCCAAGCUUACCUAGGCUUGUUGGUCAUUGGGACCUGAUGGGAACUCCUUCCCUACUCCAGAUACCAGGUAUUUUAGCCCCCUGGGCUACAAUGUUAAUGAAAACAGUUCCCAGCACCAUGGCAACACCCAACUCCCAAUAUUUCUUUGAGCAACUUGUGGGUUUACAUUGCAUUUACAUUACUCAUGUUCCAUGUUAUUAUUUUAUUUUAUUAUUUAUUGAAUUGAUAUACCGCCCUACACCCGCAGGUCUCAGGGUGGUUCACAGAAUAAAACCAAAAUAUAAAACCACAAAGUACAUAAUCAAAAUAAAAAUGACAGCAACCCAAUAACCCCACCUCCACCCCCAUGAUUGUAAUAUGGAGGUAGAAGUAGGGGGGCUGGACUGUAUCCCUUCUCCGCCAUCUAUAAACUGGGGAAAUGCCUUUAGAAGCGAGUAUAUUCUACAAACCCAGUUUGACCUGAUCAUCUUGAGUUCUAAAACAUGGGACAGUCGUGGCAUGUGAUGCAGGAUCCCCCUGCAUCACAGACAUACCCCCCCCCAGCACAUGGACAUAGAGAGGCAGAGACCUAAUGUGGAUGUGAGAUGGCCCCAUUCUGUUCCCUCCCCACGGUCACAGCCAUGUGGAUGAUAGCUCCUGAAUAGGGCUAAUCCUUUACAUGCGUUUGUCUUUAAAAAUGGCAGCUGAUUUAAAAAUGAGAGUACCUGUUCCCUAAUUUAGAUGUGUCUGAUAUUCAAGAAAUAUUCAAUGUUCAAGUACUGUAACGAUCCCAUGGUUGCUGUACUGUUUCUAAACACCACUGGUGUUUGCCUUGGGUCUGAAAAUGGCAAUUCUUGUGCACCAGACCUCCCGCAAUCCAUGGGCUCCUGGGUCAAGGUCGCUUGGUGAAUCACCGCUUGUACACCCUGUUUCACAUUCAGUAUACCACGCAGAGACAUACACAAGGUUGUUCACCACAAUUAUGGAAAUGCUUCUAAGGAAUAUCUGCACUUAAGACUGGGGUCUGAAUAACACACACACACACACACUCCUGCAUAUUUGCGCACCCCAUGACACCAAUUUGUGCAAUAUUGUACAAAUACGAUUUGCUUACUUCACAGUGGUUUCCUUACAGAGUGGUUUCCUUCCUGGCUUUUGCCUAAGACUUCUAUAUAAGCUGUGCUCUCUAGCAAAAAGCAACAGUUAUAGUUACAGCUGUUAUUCAAGAGCCGAGUGCUAGCCUAGACUGCAAGGCAUUUUGCCAGGGAAAUGAAAAUAUUGUCUCGUAUAAUGCACAAUUAUGUUAUUGUAAAGUAAAUAGGCCAAAUGCUCCCUUUUAGAAUAGUGCCGUUAAAGUAAUGUGUAAGUAUUAACGAGGCGUCUCUAUAGUCAAGGUUUUGAGGGAUGCAACCUUUAAAAGGGUACUGAAAUAAAAAGGUGCGUAAAUUAAAAACUCCCUACAUUUGGAAGUGCUGAAUUUAAGUUCCAUAAAGCAGGUUCGUUUUGUUUCUGGUUUUGUUUUGUUUUUCAAAAAAACCUUCUUUAUUCAUUGAAUUAUAGAAACUAAAUUAAAAGCCGUGACAUCCAAUUUUUCUUUGGAUAGAUUUUUGGGUAAUUUAGCAUUGGGGAAGGAUCCAUAAUUGUAAACCAGUUUGCCCACAUUCUUAAACUCCAGUCACAUAUUGUACUUCAUUUAGGGUUACUGGAUGUCCUUUGUUUAUGCUAAAUCUCAUAUUCCAGUAUGUAAUAUCUCACAUAGAACAGAAAAUAAGGACCCUCACUGGGAAUGCUAAAAGUCCUUUGGAAGUUACUGAAGGUGCCAGAUCAGUCCUAUUUGAAGCUCUUGGCCUUUUCAUUCUGAACUUUCUUAAGGCAAAUGAUUAGAUUAAUCCCUUGAUGGGGAUGAUGAGGUCAGGGGGAAAGCACCUAUAGACCUACAGGUUGGUGCAUUUGUUUGGUUAAAAGAGUAGGAACCCAUUUAGGCAAAAAUAUUAAAUAACCUGCUCUGCUCUUCUUUUCUGUUUUUUAAACAUCAUUUUAAAGUGUGGCUAUCCCAGGAAGAUAGACAGCUACCAAAAGAUACCCAGCCUCCUUUCUGCCUCUUAUCUCCUCACAAGUCAGAUUUUGUAUGUUGCCUUGACCGCAGAAUCUAAGUUGCAUUUUUUCUUUACUUGGUGUUGUGUUGUUUGACAGGGCUGUGGAAUAAUGGGACACUUUGUGGGCUUUUGGCUUCCAUAUGCAUCUCUCUCAUGUGAGCAUUCCACCACAUGUGUCCAUAUGCCUCAUAAACUUCCUUUUUCUUUUAAUAUCCCAGAUCAGAAUAGGUGCCCUCAGUCAAAUUGCCCAUCUUUCUUUUGUGUAUUGGGUAGACCCAUCUAUCUAUCUAUCUAUCUAUCUAUCUAUCUAUCUAUCUAUCUAUCUAUCUAUCUAUCAUCUCCUAAUUGACCUAGGGAGGUUUUCUAGGGUAUAAUUUGGAUCCCCCUGAAUUAGUCUGUCAAGACAGUGGACAAUGUAAAAGUUACACAUUUUGAUUCUGUUGACCCGCACUUUAAAACUUUUUGUUCGCAUUCAAAACCAGCGGCUUCUGAACAAGAAAUUACAACAGCUUUGUCUUUGCUUGGCCCAGAGGUGGGUGAAACUAUUAAGGGGGACAUCUGAGAUUAAGUGUCAGUGUUGCUAAGCGUGGCAUUCACAAUACUGGCACUAUAAAGAAAAUAAUAAUAACUUAUUGGACAGUUUUUCUACUGCCAUUCAAUUUGAUGUGAGUGCCUUGAAAACUGAUCUUCCUAUUUGAGUCUCUUGAGACAAAUGCAAACAUUUUUGUGAAAUGAAAAGACUUUUAAAAAAACGGUAGAACAAGAAAAGUACGUUCUUUUAGGGUUAAAACAAAACAAAAGAGCCACAUUUACUUUAAAAAAAAUCCUGGUUGAAGAUAGUGGACAUGAAAAUGCCAUAAGACCCAAUCAAAUGAAGAUGUAUAUCCAGCACAACUUCGGACAUCCAUUUGCUGAAUUGUUCUCAGCCUCUCUCUUUUUUUUCAGGACAACGCUGCUUAGGAAAUGGAAUGGAAAUGAUUUACUGCUGAAUUAAAACUCAAAUGACACAAAUUGCAAGUUGUUAUCAUUGAAUGAAAAAAAAAUUCAGGAACAACGGCUAAUUUUUUUAAAAGUUAAAUUUAGUGCACUCUGUCUUAAAAUACGUUUACAGUAUUGAAUACAUACAAGGGUAAAAAAAAAUUGUGUGUAUGUGUGUUUGAGCAAUCUCUCUUCUUCUUUUUUUCAAAGUUUGCUUAAUAGGUUAUUAAAAAUGCCAUAAUGGCCAUGUGUAUAUUGUUUUCUUUUGGUGACGGGGUUUUAGUAUAUAUUAUAUAUAUUAAAAUUUCUUGAUUACUGUAAAAGUGGACCAGUAUUUGUAAUAAUGGAGAAUGCCUGGGCAUUUUACAAAACCAGAAAGAAAAAAAAAACUUUUCUCUUUUUUCCUUGAAAAUGUUGCAGUAAAAUUUAAAUGGUGGGUCUAUAAAUUUGUUCUUGUCACUGUAACUGUAAAGUCUGAGUUUUAGUAAUUUUUUUUCUGCCUUGGGUGUUGAAUUUUUAUUUCAAGAAAAAAUGUAUAGAAACUUGUAUUUGGGGAUUAAAAGGUGACUGCUACACCAUGUAGAAAAAGUAUGUAGGAAAAAAGUGCUUAAUAUUGUUAUUGCUUUGCAGAUUAAAAAAAAAAAUCACAUUUCUGACCUGUACCUAUUUUUAUCUCUCUCUCCCCCUCCCCUGCCCCUAUAUCCCCCUCUUCUGGAAUGGAUAUUGAUAUUGGUUAAUUCAUAUAAUGUAGGCACUUGCUGUAUUUUUACUGGAACUUGUAAUUUUUUAACUGUACGCUUGUCCUUUUAAAGGGAUUUAAUGUACUUUUUUGUUAGUGAAUUUGGAAAUAAAAAUAAAAACAAACAAACAGGCUGCCAUAAUAUAUUUUUUUAAUUUGGCAGGAUAAAAUAGUGCAAAAAAAUAAUAAUAAUUGUAUGUCAAGACCUUAUUGUACAGAAGAAGGAAAAAAAAUAAAAAUAAAAGGGUUGUUUAACGACCUGUUGAGUAAAAGAAACAAAACAAUUAUUAUUUUUAAUUAUGUGGUUUUGGGGUUCCUUUUUUUCUUUGGAAGGGGCGGGGUGCCAGGUUUUGUUUUGUUUAUGAGUUGUUCUGUUCGCAAUUUUAGUUGUGUGUAUGUAUAUGUAUUUUUUUUUCUGUCAGAAAUGGCCUACAAAAAAAGAAAAGAAAAGAAAAAAAGGAAGAAGCGCUGUUCAUUCAGGGCAGUAAUGACUUUGAAACUGCCUGGACCCCUUGUAUCAAGGCCUUUCCAGGUAGAGUUGAACUAGGAUGGAUGGCUAUUGCCGGUUAUUGUUAAAUGAAACUCAGUUUUUGUGAAGAUGUUUGACGUAACAUUCCACAGAUGCCCCCCACUUUUUUUUUAGAGUCGGGGAAGCGGCUUUUGCCUGGCACACGUAGACUUUCCGGCCCCAGUCCAUAAAACUGCACGGUGUGUGCGCUUAAGGUACCCGGUGCUACUGGCUUUUGACAUCACUGGCACCUACCGAGGGAUGAAGGGGCCUGUAUACAGUCAGGGUACCCGUCAUCACUGGAUAGGCACUGUUAAUCCUCCCUGCACCAACUAUCUGCCAGGGCAAUGCGCAUCUGGACCUUCGCCCAAUUGAUCCUGCAAGGGUGUAGGGCCUGAUCCCAGGGCCCUUGUCGGAUCAGGGCACCCAUCCAUUACCACCUCUUCACAGCCUUCAUCUGAAGCGGUUUGAAAAGAGGUAGGGGGAAGGAAGGGAGACAAAACACUCUGUUGGUGCAACUGUGAAUUGGGUCGGAGUGAAAAUUUGGCCAGGGCACACCCCACUUCUAUCCCACCUUCCCUCUCCACGCCCCAAUCCCUGUCAGAACAGGACCAUGUACAGGUUUUGCCAGUCUGCUCUUUUGUCUGCUUUCGUUGCUGUUGACUCCUAAUUGUACAUUCCAUAAAUUUCUUAAAUAUCUGAAGGACUGGGAUGAAAUUCUGUGCCUUUAGGUUGACGAAACACUCCUCCCUAGGAUUGCUUUGUUAAGUCCCAAUAUAAUUAGGAUUAUGCCAUGAGUUGAGCGUUAUUUUUUAAUCUUUAUUUUGUUUCUGCUGUUUCAGGUUUUUUUUAUAAAAAAAAUAAAAUAAAUGGGGUGGGGGGCGGGGCAAGGCACCGUGCUAGGGACUAUUUUAAGGUAAGGAAGAGCAAGUGCAAGGAGCCAUUAACAGUGUGUGAACUAGGUGCCUUGCUUUCUCCGAAACUAAAUCCACAGCAAAGUGAAUUCAGAUUUCAUUUUGCCACUGUGAGCACGACACUUUUCAUCCUGGAUGAACUCAGAUUUAAACCACCAGCAGCUGUCCUAUGAUGUGUCUUGAAUCGCUGAGAAACCAACAUACAAGCACAAACAUUGUGUUUCGUGAAACCACGAUGAUCCCUCCUCCUCCUCCUCCUCCUCCUCCUCCUCCUCCUCCUCCUCCUCCUCCUCCCUGCUUUUAAGAAUCCCUGCUUCACAAGGCCAUAAGCACAAUAUGGCCGACAUAUCAUGGGUAUCUCUGCUGUCAUGGUGAUUUUUUUACACUGCUAAUAUCAGCAACGUUAACUGUGUUAAGUCACAAUUAUCCCAUGAAACACUUGCUCCACUUAAAGUCAAUGCACACAGAGCAUUUCUGGAGCAACAGCCCUUCUUUUUUUUUAGAAUGCAGACAUUCAAAAUAGAGUCUUGCACUUCAGCAUUUCAUCCUAGUCCUGAUUAAAUACAGUCCAAGGUUUUUUGUUUUUGUUUUUCACAGGCAAACUCAUUUUAUGGUGCUCUUUGUAUUUUAGAACUGCAAAGCAAAGUAACGUUGGUUUCAGUUGUUUGCAUUUGUACCGGCAAGGCAAACUAUUUUUAUUACCUUUUUCUAUUACUUAUUGUAUGAGCUUUCAUUGUUUACUUGGAGGUUUUGUCUUUUACUACAAGUUUGGAACUAUUUAUUAUUGCUUGGUAUUUGUGCUCCAUUAAAAAGAAAGAAAGAAAGAAAGAUAGGAGCACUUUUUUUAUUAUGGGUAAAAUGUUGAGAUGGCAGGAGGUCAUUUCAAUAUCACUUAGUGAAAUAUUUAUUGUUCCUUUUAUUCUCUGUACAAGACUCCUGACCUCUCCCCCAUCCCACCCCACUUGUCACAUUGUUGAGUUCAGCAUGUGUCUACCAUUUCAUUUGUACGCUCGUUCAAAACAACGUUUGUUCCAGUUUCAAGUUAUUAAAAAAUAAUAAUAAAUUGGACAUUUGACUUGAUCUCCAAA